UAUAAAAUGACCUCAUCCGCAGCACCGCCUCCCUCCCCCGCCUUUGCGCGCGGAGCGACAUCGUAUGUCUCUUUCCGGCCAUCGCCUAGUCACCUCGCCUCCUCACGACCACCCCUCGGCGCCACGGCGAGCAGCGCACCGGGUCAAAAGCGCGCCACCUCGCACGGCCGCGUCGCUGUCGGGAGCUCGUGCCCGCCCGCGCCUAGUCAAACCCCACCCCCAACGCCACGAGCGAGUGGGGCGGACGCGUCCGUGAUCCCUCCCCGUUCUUCUCGCGAUUUGCUGCUCCUGCUCCUCUGAUCCGCACGUACACGCAAGCUGCCGCUGCCGCGCCGCCGGAGCGGGGUGGGGGGAAGGGAAGGGAAGGGAAGGGAAGCGCUGCCCAUGGCGGCGCCGCAGCGGCCGCGCCAGCGGCCGCGGCCGCAGCUGGCGCGGAUCAACGCGAUGAGGCACUCCUACUCCGCGGCGGAGGAGGACGGUGGCGUGGCGGACGACGUGCAGGAGCUCGUCGGUGACGGCGGGGCCGGAGGGGAGUACGCGUCGCAGACCAGCUUCCGCAUCCGCGGCGGGUGUGGCGCGGCGGAGGUCACCGCCAUCUUCCGCAAGCUCGGGCUCUCCGGCCCCGAGGACUUCACCAUCCCGCCCGCGGUCUACGCCGCCGCCAUGUCCCAUCUCUCCAGCUCUGCCCGACGCCGCGCGUCGUUCGAGGAGUCGGCCGGAGCUGUCACCGAGAGGUCGGCCCCGCCGGAACUUCUAGAAGGUUCUCGAGGCACAGCUGCGGUUACAACGAAUCCGGAAACAUUCACCGAGAACGGGCAGGAAGCUGGGCCGGCCCCCAAAUUGGUUCAAUCAGAGGCUAUAGAAAUUUCCACACGAGCUUACGCAAAUGCAACUCCUCCAGCAGAAUCGACCAUCAGAGUUGUAGCCUCGCCGGCUAUCAAAUUUGUUCAAGCAGAGGCUAUAGAAGUUCCCACACGAGCAUAUGCAACGCCUGGAACAGAAUCGAGCAUCAGAUCAGUAGCUUCUACUAGUAAACGAGAAGUCCAUGCUGUGCCGAAGCAUGGUAGCGCAGGCGAGGAUAAGGAGAAAAGUAAAUCGGUCAGAGUGAACAGAUCACGAGUGGACAGAAGAAGAGAGGUGGUUGCAGAGGCAACGAGGGAGACCACCGGCGCCUCGACUCUGGUUGUGGAGGCGACAAGUGAGUCCACUUCACGUGAUAUCGAGCAUUUGAUUUCACCGUCUCCUCAUAGGCGGUUUAGGAGAACCAUCAAGUCCUGGCUUAAGGGAGAGCAUCUCGGCAGCGGAUCGUUCGGGUCAGUGUAUGAGGCCAUCAGUGAUGAUGGUUUUUUCUUCGCUGUCAAGGAGGUGUCAUUGAUUGAUCAAGGGAUCAAUGCAAAACAACGCAUUGUCCAACUUGAGCAUGAGAUUUCUCUGUUGAGUCGUUUGGAGCAUGACAAUAUAGUUCAGUAUUUUGGAACAGACAAGGAAGAUGGAAAAUUGUAUAUAUUUCUUGAACUCGUAACUCAAGGCUCUUUGGCAGCUCUAUAUCAAAAAUACCGUUUACAAGACUCACAAGUCUCAGCAUACACAAGGCAGAUUUUGAAUGGUUUGAAUUAUCUACACCAGAGGAACGUGUUGCACAGAGAUAUUAAAUGUGCGAAUAUCCUAGUUGAUUCAAAUGGGUUAGUUAAACUGGCAGAUUUUGGACUUGCAAAAGAGAUGUCAAUUUUGAGUCAGGCAAGAUCUAGCAAGGGAACUGUUUACUGGAUGGCCCCUGAGGUUGCUAAGGCAAAGCCUCAUGGACCUCCAGCAGAUAUUUGGAGUCUUGGCUGUACAGUUUUAGAAAUGCUGACAGGCAAAGUUCCAUACCCUGAUAUGGAAUGGACGCAUGCUUUGCUUACAAUUGGUAGAGGAAUACCACCCGAAAUCCCCACUACACUGUCAGAAGAUGCUCGUGAUUUCAUAAUGAAGUGUGUAAGAGUAAAUCCAAAUGAUCGGCCAUCUGCUGCUCAGCUGUUCGACCAUCCUUUUGUCCAGAGAUCACUGCAACAUAAAGGCGCCUAAUGCACUCGUGUUGCUAACAAACUUGCUUGUGCAUAAGCUAAUUUUACCUCACCUGUGGAAACCUGUAGCUGUUACUGAGGAUGAUACUAAAUCCCUCGCUGUCAUACAUUGGUAGUUUGUGGGAGGUUUGAAAUCGCUUCCAAUCUGCUGCGCUAUUGACAUUUAAUUCGAGGAACUUGCAUGGGCAAGCUAUAUUCAACUGAAGAUACUUUUCAGGCUGCUGGAUCAUGUGAAUUGACGAUAGCUUGUCCGGCCUUGCGACCAUCAGAAUGGAGUGGUUUGGCACUCCCUGAACAAUGGGUUGGCCAAAUUUAUGAGUGCUGAUUGGCAAGUAUGAAUUCCAUCGUGAUCCAUCAAACUAUGAUUCACAUUCUUGUCCAAAUAAUAGGGAAGGUUCAAAAGGAGGAUUAGUGGGAUCUCGCCAAAGGCUGCACAACAAACAGUGCCACGCUUCACAGUUGUACAUAUUUCUCUUUCUGUUUGCCAUUUUCAUAUGUAAGCAAGUGGCAGUCUCGUGUUCAUAUAUGAAAGCAAGAGAUGUGGAAGCUAGCAUUGUGGCAGCCUAGUGGCCAUGUAUGAAAGCAAGUGAUGUGGAGGCUAGCACAAUUGACGCCUUGACGGUGGGGCAUGGUCAGUGCUCACGCUACAGUUCACUUUUCUGACCGUGUUUCUGUAUGUGUAGUAGUUUGUCUCUGUUCCUGAUGCAAAUUAGCUGCAUUCUGUUUGUCAUCGACUGUUUGACGAGGAAAUCCAAUUUGUCUUGUCCA